AAAACACUGUUCACCGUAUAAAUACGGUGAACAGUGUUUGGUGUAAGUAUUGGUGUAAGAUUGGGGUGUAAGUAUAGCAUUACUCUUCUCUAAACUCCCAUUUGGACAAUACCAUGUCAUCUUGGGAAAACAACAGUACUGAUUGUUGUGAAUGGGAAGGAGUUGAAUGCAACACCACCACUGGAAGAGUCACCAAACUCAAACUUGACUCUGGUGGUGGACCUUGGCAAGUUAACUACUCUGAUUUUAGAAUCUUCAAAGAUUUGAACACUCUCGAUUUGUCAGUUAUUAGUAUAUCCAAUUGAACAAGAGCUGAUCAAGAAGGGUUGAAAAAUUUGGAAGUUCUUGACUUGAGUGAUAAUUCUUUCGAUAAUGCUAUGAGCAUUCUGUCUUGUCUGGAUGGACUUUCGUCUCUUAAAUCUCUAUCAUUAGCUGAUCUUACUUUCGACAGCACUUCAUUAUACACUUUUCAGAUAGUUUUGGAGACAAUUUCCUCAAAGUUGCUGCAUCUGGAGGUCCUUGACUUAAGUGGAAACAAUUUGACAAAUGAAAUACUUCCUUCACUAAGGGGAUUCAAAUCUUUGAAAGAACUGUAUUUGGAUGGCAUUAGAUUGGACUCAGAUCUUCACAUACAAGAAUUAUGUGCCACCAUAUUGAAGAAUCUUGAGAUUCUUGACAUCUCCAACAACAACUUCAAUAACACUGAUAUUGGAUCUGCUCUUAGUGGACUUUCUUCCCUUAAGAAUUUAAAUUUAGCAUGGAAUGAAAUUACUCCGAAAUCAAUUCAUAAUAUAUCAAAACUGAGAUCUUUGGAGAUUCUUGACUUGGGUGAGAACAAUUUGAAGUUAUGGCCUGCAGAGAAUCAUAGAUUUGCUUGGCCGUCCGGUUUACAAGUGCUUGUGUUAAACAACAAUGAUUUCAGCAACGAUAUUAUUUCAUCCAUAAGUGGUCUUUCACAUCUCAAAUCUCUUGACGCGAGCAGCAACAACUUGAAAGGAUCACUAGAUAUUACUGAGAAUCAUGGAUUUGCAUGGCCUUCCAGUUUACAAGUUAUUAGUUUGAGCUCAAAUAAUUUCAGUAACGAUAUUAUUUCAUUCAUAAGUGAUCUUUCACGUCUCAAAUCUCUUGACUUAAGGAGCAACAACUUGAAAGGAUCACUAGAUAUUACUGAUUCUUACAAUCUGGACUUAGCAAUUUCUAUCAUAGUCUCACCAAGCAAGUCACCAUAACCAACAAUUCUUGAAGCAUGUCUCCAAAGCUCACUCAAAAAUAAUAAUCCUUGUUGAAACAUAAUGGACACCUAAAUGUUGAGGCACGAGACUCUUGGCACUGUGAAAUAUCUGAGGUCAAGGCUCCCUCUUGAAGUCUGAGGCCAAGGCUCCCUCUUGAAGUCAACUACUCCCCUCAAAAUCGCCAAAGCAACCUCUUGUUCAGUCUUUGAAAUCAAAAACCAAUCCAAAAAUCUUAGCACACACAAAUAACCAGUUAACUAGUAAGUAUGAUUAUAUAUGAUUAUCAGCACUCAUAAUUUAUUGCAAUUUCCAUCAACUCGUCGCUAAAACCACUUGAAAAUUAAUAUCACCAUCUAACUAAAUUGUGCUUCCAUUCCAUAUAAGAACAACCCUUUGAGAAAGCCUGAAAUAUUCUUGGUGGAUUAUACAAAAAAGCAAUAGCAAGCCUUUCUGGAUAAUGGUUUUGCAAAAUGUGAAUAAUAUCAUAAGUAGUUUUAAUAGCAAUGUUUGUGCUAAAUGAAAAUCCCGUGAAGUCUAUCAACCAUAACAUUUGUUCUUGACCAUCAGAAAGAUUAAGGGUCUGUUUGAAAUAGUUUUUGUUUUUAGUUUUUAAAAACUGAAAAGUAAAAAUCAAAACACAAUUUAGCCAUUUCAGUUUUUUGCUUUUAAAAACUGAAAAAUUGUGAAGAGUUUUUAAAAACACUUUGUAAAAUAUUAUAUUCAAACAAGUUUUUAGUUUUUAAAUUUUCAAAAACUAAAAUAGAGUUUUUAAAAAGCCUUUCAAACAGGCCCUAAGUACAGCAUUUUCCAACAGAUAGACUAAAUGCUUGAUAUUAUUUUCUGCUGAUGUUGUAUUCUGACAGAAGGAAACAAAUUGAACAGAGUAAGUUAAUCUGUUAUGUAUAGAGAAGCCUUCGUAAUUAACUACAUAUAUAGCCUUAAUAACAAUGAAUGUACAUCUUAGUUCAAACCUGCAUCCCUGGUCUCAUAAUAAGUACUCUCAUAAUAAGUACUGUCCUCCCAAGUCUAUCAUGAAAGUUAGCUCAAGAUACUUUCCCCGUCUCGCCCUCAUGUGCUACUGCAGCCUGAAUUUAGAAAACCAUUUAGUCAGAUGAUGACUUCAUUAAGCCCUAGCAGGCUACGUAGAUAUUAAACUCAUGCAGAAACACGCCAUCCUAAAUGUAUUCAUUAAAACAUACUCCAUUAUGCAUCAAAUUGAACUAAAGCACCAACCUGGAUAAUGAUCUUAGCACACUCAUAUUAUCCAUCAAAUUGAACUAAAGCACCAACCUGGAUAAUGAUCCUGGCACACUCAUUGCAACGAAACAUAGUCACAUACAACCACUGCAUUAAUCAAAAAAAGAAAAUAGGAAACUUCUUUUAGAUGCUAACUGGUAUAAGCAGUACAUGCUAUAUGUGUGCUAAUGGCAUAGCCCAGGUUAAAGUUGCAAAAGCAACGUGAUAAAUAAAGUAUCACUAAAAAAACUAUCAUUUGAAAGAGGUGCUUAGGGAGAAAAAAACAACUUUCGUAAUCGAUAUAUCUAAAAAUAUACAACAACUAUCCGUACGUAAAUUAGUCUACAUUUAAAAAGAAAAGAUUGAGGAAAACAUCUACAAUGGCAACAAGAGAAGCAGCAAUCAUUGUGAAAAUAUCACCGGCGUUAAAAGAAGGGGUUCCCCAUUGCAACUAAUUCGGGAGACUUAUCCUGCAUAGAUGUACAAAAACCUAAUUAAAAUGGUUACUAGCUAUUGUAAGAGGUGCAAAACUAUUAAGGACUGACCAACGAGCUGCAGUGAUCAACCUAGACCGGUCAGUGCAGCAACUGAAUUGAGUCAAUUGUGGUUUUUAUUAUAUGCACUAGCCGCGGUAAAAAUUUCAGCAAAUAGCCAUGAAAUUCCAAUUGUAGCUAUGAUUGCAACGUGGUCGACGCCUUUUGAUCCCAUCUUUUGUGGAAUGUACUGCAAGGAGAUUCGAUUACGGAAAGUUUCGUUAAAUGAUCAAUUUAAAAUGUUGAGCUAUUUCAAAAUGACAAAAGCAAAUAUCAAAGAAUAACACGGUAUAUCCACAAUUACAAAUGGAAUACCCACCAAUGAUAUUAGGAACAUACAGGUAGACAGAUGAUUUAUUGGAUCUUGGUGCAGGUUUUUUGGCCAUUGAAGCUUCUUCUUAUACUCUAAAGCUUUCCUAUAAAGAAUAUGGAAUUUCCAAUCAAAUGCUUACCUGCACAAAUAAUUUCCAGUAAAAAAUCCAAGCUACACAGUCCCAUCAUAUUUCAUGCAUAUGUAAGAAAACCGAUAACAAAAACACUCAUCAACAGAGCAUGUCAAUAAGUGCUAAAUUUAUUAGCUAUAUUUGAUAAUUAAAAAUACGAUGCAAAAAGGUCAUUGUAACAUGGAAUCUUUAAAUUAUCUAAUGCUAUGUCAUCAAUAGUACCUCUAUGGAGCUCAAUGGAUAUUUAUCAUUACCACAACAAGAGUACAAUCAGAAGAGCCACUAACAAGAAGAUACGGUGCAUGAUCACUCCAAGCAACUACUUGAACCUGUAAGAUGAAUAAGGAAAUGUAUCAUUGGCUCAAAUAUUUAGAAUAGUAAUUAAAAAAAAUACAACUCUUGCCUUGUCUAAGUUAUGUUCCAGGGUAGUAGCACAUGUUCCAGUGGCUAUGUCCCAAAUCUUUACUAGUAUAUUUAAAAUAGUAUAAUUCACUAGAAGUAGUUUUGUUUGAAAUAUAUUCUCUCGACGUGUAUUGAAUGAGCUUAAUCAUCAUGUGAGUCAUUAGAAUUACAGUCUACACUUUAGACAUAUAAAUGACAUGAUAAGCUCAUAAUAUAUGC